AUGAUGCCUAAGUUCUUUGUUAUCGCACGUGUCGUCGGGCGAAAUGGAGCUAUUGAUCUUUGGAAAGACCGGCUUGUUGAAUUGUGCAAGGUAUCAGCUACCGAACCAUACGGUGACUCGUACUACUGGGGUCAAGAUGUCGAUGGUGAGCCCGACACACUCUGGGGCCUAGAAGGAUACACGCAUCCAAUUGGAUUCUUUAUCGAUCAUGUUUCAUCAGAUAUCUUCAAAAGAGAGAUGGCACUUGUUGAUAAGGACCAACUUCUACGAACGGCUCAAGGAUUGGAUAGUCCGGAUUACGACCUGCAUCAUUAUGAUGAGUACGGGGGCUUUCUCAAGAGAGCUGAUGAUGACGGGAGAGAUUCUGUGCGAAGCUUCGUGGUAGUGAAGCACUGUUGGGCCAAAAGCGAAACUUUAAGAAGCGAGAUGCUAGAUAGACUAGCACAAUUCGCUGGGAGAUUAGCCUCCGGCUCUCCUCGGGUGCAGAGUGCGCUGGUGCUGAAGGAAUGUCGAGAUACGAGCAUGGCAAGCCUGUGGCUAAGGAUGGUAUCGGAGGAAGAGUGGAAUUCAUUGGAGCGAUCGGAGCGAAUGCAAGAGCUCGUUGAUGGUUUAAAGGCAACUUGCGUCCGCAGCGAAACACAUCGGUCUCAGGCGUUCAACGGUCAUCUGGGGAUAAAAGACUAG